GGAGGCGUAAUCCGUUGGAAGAGGCGGUGCCAAUGUUCUUGUAUGCUUGUGCUUGCCGCGAAGAGUGGGUGACGCGGAGGAGGUAGACAACAGCGCAGUCGGCAAUCUGCUUCUGGACGGAGACGCUCGUGAUACCUAGCCUUUUCGUUGCGUUGGUAUCCCCCGGCGUACGGCGCGUCCUGGCGAACACGAUCCGGAUACCGAGGGUGAAUCUAACAAAAUUUCACGUCGAUUUACGAGCGACAAGCCUGUCCGUGCUCUCACAAUGCGGUAGAUCGUGCGAGACAGCUCGAUGGCAACGCAAAGCGGUGGGAAAGCUUGUGAAAACGUCAGAAUGCAAUGAGGAGCUGAAGACCGUGCAGUGACCAUUCGUGCACUACGCGCGGUCCACGAUGCUGGUGCCGCCUGAUAUGAUUUCGUCGCACUCCAGAAUGGUUUAUCAGUUCAAUAAAUAUUUCGGCGAGCGGGUGAUGACCAGGAAGAGCCAGGUGGCGAAGACGAUCCAGGAGGUGUGCCGAGUGGUGCAGGACGUUUUGAAAGAAGUGGAGGUGCAGGAGCCGAGAUUUAUCUCGUCUCUGACGGACUACAACGGCCGGUUCGACGGCCUCGACGUGAUUUCGCCGACGGAAUUCGAGAUCGUCAUCUACUUGAAUCAGAUGGGCGUGCUGAACUUCGUGGACGACGGCACUCUGCCCGGCUGCGCCGUGCUGAAACUCAGUGACGGGCGCAAAAGGUCCAUGUCUCUCUGGGUCGAAUUUAUCACCGCGUCCGGCUAUCUAUCGGCUAGAAAGAUACGCUCGCGAUUCCAGACUCUAGUGGCGCAGGCGUGCGAUAAGUGCACAUAUCGAGACUCGGUUAAGAUGAUCGCCGACACCACCGAGGUGAAGCUGCGGAUAAGAGAGCGAUACGUCGUGCAGAUCACGCCGGCGUUCAAGUGCGCCGGGCUCUGGCCGAGAUCGGCCUCCCAUUGGCCGAUCGCGCACAUACCCUGGCCGCAUCCGAACAUCGUCGCCGAAGUGAAGGCGGAAGGUUUCGACAUGUUGUCGAAGGAAUGCAUAGGUCUGCAGGGCAAGCAGUCCGCCAUGGAAGGCGACGCCUGGGCGUUGUCCUUCAUCGACGCGGAGAAUCGAUUGCUGCAAGGCGCGAGCAGAAAGCGUUGCCUCAGCAUACUGAAGACUCUCAGAGACCGGCAUCUAGAUCUGCCGGGUAAUCCAGUUACCAGCUAUCACAUGAAGACUCUGCUGCUCUACGAGUGCGAGAAGCAUCCGCACGAGGCGGAGUGGGACGAGGGCUGCCUGGCCGAGCGGAUAAACGGCAUCUUCCUGCAGCUGAUUUCCUGCCUGCAGUGCCGCAGAUGCCCGCACUAUUUUCUACCGAAUCUCGAUCUCUUCAAGGGGAAAUCGCCCAGCGGCCUGGAGAACGCGGCGAAGCAAGUGUGGAGACUCACCAGAGAAUUGUUAACGAAUAGUCGCGCGCUUGAGAAAUUGUAAUGUGAUUGACGCUGUUAACCGAUUAUGAUUCGUGAAUUGAUCUCGCAAACUCGUUAUAUGUUCCUGCAUUUACUGACUUUAAUCAUUGACUACGAGGCGCGAGUAAAAAACCGCUAAUCAUAUAAUUAUUAUGCGAAAACUGUGAAUUAUCGUCGGCUAAAGAUUAGUGACGCAGGAGGACACGUUCCGAUUUAACGAAAAGUUCUCGUUCUUCAACGCACUCACUGCCAGUCAUCUGAGGAAUUCAAUCUGCAUUUUCUUGGAUUUCACAAAAUCUCUACUCUAGAGAUCAUAUAUGUUUCUGGUAUCCCGAAGAUAUUUAGUGUGUGUCGAAAGCAAUUCGCGAGAAUAAUUGCGUAUAUGUGAUGUUUGGUGAAUACGUGAUUGCACGCAGACGAUCAGAUUAGUGCCAUAAAUACUUCGACGUUAGGGACAAAUUUCGUUUCUACUGUCGCUGCGAAAUAUUUGUUAAUUAUAGAUAGUUGCAGAGAAUUAUCAUUCACGGCCAAUGCAAUGUAACGUCGGGUUACAACAACGUUGUGCGCGUGAAAACCUUUAACUUGUGGUAGAAAAAUUUUAUUAUCAAAUGAAUGAAGCAAUCGAACUUUUAUUUUCUGCGUUUCACUUUUUAAAUCUGCAUC